CAGCGAGACGCGGGCCCGGCUCGGCAGGCGCCGAGUUUGCCCCCCCGCCGCCGACGAGACGCAAGAGAAGGCCCCGAGGAUGCGCGCACAUGGCCGCCCCCGCGGCUCCGCCCUGCCCCCUUGCAGCACCCGCUCGCGGUGCCGCGGCGGUGCGCGGCCGCCGCCGCCGCGCCGCGGGCGGGCCAGGCGCUCGUGCCUCCGGCCGGCGGCGGGGGCUCUCGCUGGCGCAUGGGCGGCCUGGACGCAGUGAUGAUGCUGGCCGUGCCCUCGGUGUGCGCGGCCACCCUGCUGGAGGCCCACCUGAGCACCGAGGUCGGCGACGCACAGCCCGCCUCGGCCUGCCGCUGCCCGGCGCUCGCGGGGGUGCUCACGCCGGCGAGGGUGCGGGCCCUCGAGAGGGACGGCUUCCUGGUGCUCGAGGGGCGAGACGCGCCGCUGGGCCCAGGUGUUGUAUCGCAGGCGCGAGGCGAUGCUGUUGCAGCGAUGCAGCAGGGCCGCUUCGCCAGGACCUCGAACGACAGCGACGUGCGACAGGAUAUGGUUUGCUGGAUCCGUGAGACGGACGGUACGCCCGACGCCGUAGACGACACGCAUCGUCGGGUGCGUCGCUUGGGCGACGGGUUGCUCGAGUGCGUCCGGCUGCUACGCGGUGUCGCGCAGGCGCUCGAGACCAGCGGCUACGGCACCCCACUGGGAGAAUGCUUGCACGUGCCGCAGCAGCUGCAGCUGGCAUGGUACCCCGCGGACGGCACCAGCAGGUACGUCAGACACCUGGACGCGUGCGUUGACUCUGCCCUCGACUUGGGCCUGCUCGAGUGGCUCCGAACGAGGGACUACAGGGAGCGCGCUGUCACCGCAAUACUUUACCUUAACGCCUCCGAUUGGUGCGCCGACCGCGGCGGCGCUCUUCGACUGCACCAUCCAGAGUUCCAGCGGGAUUCGGCGUCUCCCGAUGGGCCCUCGCCAGGAGCUCAUUUCGACGUCUUGCCAAGAGGGGGCACCCUGGUCUUGUUCGACUCGCGCCGAGUAGAGCACCAGGUGUUGCCGACUAACGAGGACCGUUUCGCACUGACGUUGUGGAUAAUCGGCAGAGCCAAACCUGAAAUUGGUAGCAGAUGGACUUGGUUCGCCAGCUCCGAACCGCUGCAAAAAUAAGGCUCCUCGUUAUGCGUCUCUGGAAAUUAUCCAGCUGCCUGCGGCAAACCUAACCCCGCCACCGUGCCUGUACGACAGCGCAGCAGG